UGUGGAUGUAUUCUGUUACCUGUCAGCCAGGAAGGUAAAACCCCCCCCCCCCGCUCUGUUGUACGCUGCAGCUGGCUUGCGUGUUGCCUGAGGCUCUCCCUCAUGAUAUUGAGUCAUACUAUACCCUCCCUCAAAAAAAAACAAAAAACACAAACUUGUCGAAAAAUCAAGCCCUCAAGACUGAACAGGGUGUGGUGAGUGGUAGCUCCGUUGUCAAGAGCAAGGAAAAGAAGCGAAGAGAAGAGUCAAGAUGUACGGAGGUCCCAGUGCAAAGGAUUUGAGAUUUCCCUCAUCGGUUUCUGAACCGGGGCUUCACAUUUUCCGCAUUGAAAAGAUGAAGUUGAUUCCUGUGCCAAGUGAGAGUCAUGGCGUGUUUCACUCUGGAGACACCUACCUCUUAGUCUUUAACUCACCUGAAGGCAACCAAAUCUUCGUCUGGAAUGGAAAUGGAACCUCAGUGGACGAGAGGGCUGCAGGAGCCAUCUACAGUUCUCAGCUCCACAUGCACAUGGGUGAAAAACCUACUCAGAACCGUGAAACACAAGGUCAUGAGAGUGCAGAGUUCAUGUCCUUUUUCCCAAAGGGAGUCACAUAUUUGGAUGGAGGAGUUUCUUCUGGUUUUCAACAAGCACAAAAGGACUCUGCUGCCCCUGCCAACCAUCUCUACCAUGUGAGGGGACGGAAACAAAUACGGGCUACAGAGACCGACUUGACUUGGGAAAGUUUCAAUACUGGAGACUGCUUUAUCCUGGACAUUGGAAAGUUUAUUUAUGUCUGGUCCGGGUCUCAGUCAAACAUGCUGGAGAGAAACCGUGCACGGGAUCUGGCCAAUCAGAUAAGAGAUAUUGAACGCCGUGGAGCUGCAAAGGUUGAAAUUAUACAAGAGGGGGAAGAGCCGGAAGAAAUGAUUCAGAUUUUGGGAAAAAGACCUGAAUCUCUAAAGGAAGGAUGUGCAGAGGAUGACAAGGAAGCAGAUGAAAUACAUACAAGAGGAGCUGUGCUUUAUCAGGUCUCAAAUGCCAGUGGCAAGAUGCAGGUGUCUCGAGUGGCAGAUGGAGCCACCGUCCGUAAAGAGCAGCUAAUAUCUGACGACUGCUUCAUCCUGGACACUGCUGGAAAACUCUACGUUUGGAAAGGUAAAAAAAGCAAACAAAGAAGAGCGGGAGCAAUCACUCGAGAUAGCCAAUGAGUUCCUGUCACUGAUGAAAUAUUCCCCAAGAACUCAGGUCCAAGUAGUGUCUGAAGGCAACGAGUCACCAUUGUUCAAGCAAUUCUUCAGCCACUGGGUGUGAUCUCCAUGUCACCUGGAAGUGUCCAUGCCAAUUCCUACUCGGACAGUAUAAUGUACUUUGGCCCUGCAGUAGCCUUGGUACAUAACUUGUUAUCAAUGUAUUAGUGGUGAUGGAAAAACACAGUGGGGCACAUUUACUAAUGGUUUCCACGAGUAAAAAGCCUGUAUCCAACUGUCUUAUUUUUUUAAGUCUCAUUUACCAACUGAUUUAGUGUCUAUUUUGAGUUCUAUUACAAAUUCUGAGGUUUUCCAACUUUGAGCCUAAUUUCCAUCCUCUUUACAUAGGUGCGCCAGAUUUAGUCAUACAAACAAACACACCACUCCAGGGCUGGCAUAAUUUUCUGGUACAACACAAUUUGCCUACUUUCAUGGAGAUAUGCGCCAAAAUUCAGCUCACUUGCACCUAAUUAGACUAGUUUUAGUGAACAUGAAUCUGUCUUACAGGAAAACGACCACUAGAUGUCAGACUUUAAUAAAUCUUUUUUUUUGUUUUUUUUUGUUUAAGGGAUAAUAAAUGAGGUGCAAAUUGAAGAGAGAAUUUGCCAAUACGCUAUGUUUUUUUUUUUUUGGAAAAAAACAAAAACAAAUUUAGUAAAUGUGCCCCAGAGGCUUCAGUGCCCUGGAAAAGGAGACUACUUAUUCCAUACAUUAAAUAUUGAUUGCCAUCUGCGUGUAUAGUUCAUGGUUAUUCACUUUAACCCAAAUGUGUGGCACACCUACCAGCUGUAGUUACAUUCCUUGUUCACAGUGCAUGAAAGCUGGCACCUGCAUCUGACACUUCACACAUGGCCUCCUCAGCAAUUACAUGCAUGCUUCACUGCCCAGCCUGUGACUUCCUCAUUAGAGGAUGCUACAUAUUAGAUUCUCAUAAUAGACAAUCAUUUUAUAAAGAACCUUUAUUUCAAGAAAUUAAAAACUAUACCACAUUUACUGG